GGUUGUGUCAGUUUUGUUCAGUCAAUGAAAAUAGUCAGUUCACUAGCUGGGAAUUUUAGCACCUCCUGUGACGUCGGUAGCGUCGCCCAAUGGCAUGUUGGGUUUCCUAUUGAUUACUUGGAAAAAUGGCAGGACUGUGAAAACAUAUGGACUGAACCUCCUGGAAAUAUACAAUAUGAAAUUCACUUUCAUAUGUAUUGUCAUCGUAAUAUCAUGUAGUGUUUGUGCUUCCGGGGAUCUGGAAAUUUAUCCGGAUUUGAAAUUUGACUUGUCUUCUGAAGAACAACGACCGCGUUUAGAGAACGAUGAAGAUAUCCCGCUUUAUGAUGAAAAUUAUCGGAGAUGGCCCUGGGAGAAGCCGUUGUUUGAAAACUGGGGAACCAGAAAAAAAGAACAAAAUUUUCCUUUAGAGCUUCCAGAACAAUUACAAAAAUUUCAAGAAUUUUUAGACAGAAACCAAAAUCAGUUUAACAGUGAAGAAGAUCUUUCUCUUCCUAUCGAGGACGCCUACAAUGAGUACAAAAAUAUAGAAAAAAAUCUCAAUUACGACAGAUUUAACUAUCCCAUCAAUAGUCAGAUUUUAGACGACGUUAGACCUUAUCCACAUGAAGACGAUUUUAGUUUUGGCGAAGACGAUAUUGGGGACGAAAUAAGGGAACACAGUAUACAACAUCAAAGACAUGUUCAUCAGCCGGCAACCUCCCAUUCUAGUCACAUGGAAAGUAUUCCAGGCGAAGGAGUUGAAAAAAACACUGAAGAGGCGUCUGGAAAAGGCAGUCUGCUAAAAAAUGCCAAAUUGGUGGAUGAUCCAAGUCAGUUUGCAUAUCCUCCAUCGGACGCCAGAUUUUUUCAGAAUGUCGAAACUGAUAAAGGUGAUCAAAAAAUCCAGUCAAAACUUCAACAGCUAGCAGACAAUAAUAUACGACUGGCUCAUCGGAGUGAUGAAAGCGUAGGUAAAGAAGGCAGAAAAGAAGUGAAAGCGACUACAAAGGAUGACCAAGUGGAAGUAGUUGCUGUUAAGCCGCAGCUUGCAACGAAUGAAUCUGCAGGAGUAUACAUAAUUGCUGUGGUGGCUGGAAUUAGCGCCGCUGCAACUGUUGGACUGAUUGCAGUUGGAAUUGGAUGGUACAAUUUGCAGAAACAUGUGAAGAACGCGUCAGAUGUGGAAUAUCCAGCUUACGGAGUUACAGGACCUAACAAGGACGCCUCACCAUCCGGCGACAGACGACUAGCUCAGUCGGCACAAAUGUAUCAUUAUCAGCAUCAGAAACAGCAGAUCAUAGCAAUGGAGAGUAGAGCCGCUGCAGGAGAGAGGCAUGGUUCCGUUUCAGAAGCAGACAGCGACGAGGAAAACGAAGAAGGAGAUUAUACUGUAUACGAAUGCCCUGGAUUAGCACCCACUGGGGAAAUGGAAGUGAAAAACCCACUUUUCCAAGACGAUCCAACACCGGCUCAAACACCACCCGUUAAGCCAAAUGGGGACGAAAAGAAAUAAAUUGACCAUCAAAAUUAUUCAAUAACUUUUAAGUCAUCGAAAUAAAGGAAGCACUAUACGAAAUGGAACGAUUGUUUGUGUCCCUUGAUACAAAACAUCAGUUUCAUUCGAAAAGUUGCUAGCGCUAUCAGAACGUGAUGUGCAACCAAGAAAACUUGUAAAGUUUUCUAACUUUUAAAACUUGGUGGUCAACACUGUCAUGUCUGGAUCACGGGAAGGCCCACUUUCGAAAAGACUUAAAAAUAUUGAAUAACUUAUAAAAUAAAUUUAAGUAAAUUAUAUUUUUUGUUUCUGUUGCUUUAUUUGGCUCUUUAUGUACACAUGUAAUCAAAAUAAAUUAUUUUCUGGCAAGCAAAAGGCGUUUUUUUUUAAAUAAAUGAUUAUUUUGAUCACAAGUGUACUUAAAUAUAUAUAUUUUUUGUUACGCUGUUCCUUCAAGACUGAGGCAAAACACCUAAAAUAGUAUAGGUUAAAGUAAUAUAUAUUUUUGCAAACUAUUAGAGAUUUUUUCCUUAAGUAUAAUGAUGCUUUAUCAACCGAUUUUAUUGCAAUAAUUUUUUAUAUUCACGCAAACUACAAACCAAAUUUUCUGGUUUAUUCAAAACAUACGACAUUGAGAGAAUGGUUUAUAAAAUGAGUAUGUACGUACGUGUUCUAUAUUAGUACAGACUGUAAAUCACUCCAAUUAAGUACUAGUAUUUUAUAUGAAUAAUUUGGUUAGAUUUUAUUAAUUCAGUCACGUUAUGUUACUGGGAGUUACAACAGAACGAAUUUUGUUAGCCAAGUUCAUAUUGAUAAAUUUAAUAUGCAUAUAAAUUGGGUAAAGUGAGAUAGAGAGAAUAUUAUUAUUGUAUAAAUGUUAGAGUUUAUUUAAAUGUAUAAUGUACCUAACGUUGAAUUGUUUUAAAAUGUAAAUUUUAAAUUAUUUAAUAUCAAUAAAAUAAUAUCAUACUAAUAUCAAAAACUAAUACAUUCUAGAUAUCACUAGUUAGGAUGUAGAAUUUAUAGACAACGUAGGGAGGGCACCAGUAUUGUGCAACCAUAGAAGAGUUCUUUAUUUUGGAUCCUUCUAAAAAAUCUCAACCCUUGUAAGCUGCACACAUUUAAUUUAUUAUGAAAAAUAAAAACUUUUAUUUUA